CUAGUGUUGCACCGAUUCCGAUACCAGUAUCGGAAGUAGAUCCGAUCCAGCACUAAAAUGGUGGUAUCGGAAUCGGCGAGUACCAACAAAUAGUGCACCGAUACCAUUUUGAUGCUUGUAUGUCACUUGAACGCAGCCUUCUCUCUCCCGACACUCACUAUCGCUAUUGGCCUGCUCCAGACCAAUGAGAGCGGGCCAAUAGCCGCUCUUAACCGUAUUUUUCAUGCGGCGGGAAAACAAACCAGGAGAAGAAAAUGUCUGCAGUGUGGAAUUAUUUCAUUAUAGAAACGCCGGCGAGUACAUUGGCUAAAUGCAAGAUUUGCGACCUGAAAGUUUCGAGAGGUGGAGUUAAACGGGGCAGUUUCAAUACCUCGAACCUGAUCAAACAUUUGAAGUCGAAACAUGUGAACGAACACAAAGAGUUCGAGACUGAGGCAACUGCAGCUAGCAAGAGAAAGCGGGAUGGACCGCAGCAACGAUCCCUGGUCAGUUCACUUCGUGCGAAAGAGCAGUGGGACGAGAAGAGUGAAGCAGCAAGACAGAUGUCCGAGAAAAUAACCGAGAUGACUGUUCUCUGUAACCUGCCCCUCUCCUUCGUUGAAAGCGUGGGCUUCCGGCUUUUUAUGGCUCACGCAGUACCUAAGUAUAAGGUCCCAAGUCGCAAAUACAUAACGGCGACGACUAUCCCUGCACUAAAACAUAAAGUAACAGAGCAUGUUUUAGUAAAGCUAGGGGAGGCAGGGACCAUAAGCUUUUCAACUGACAUCUGGAGCAGCCAAGUCUCCCCACUUUCCCUGCUUAGCUUGACAGCCCACUGGGUAAACUUGGAAACAUUCACUCCAGAAAGCGUCAUACUUCAUGCGAAUGAAUUCAAGGGAUCACACACGGGCGAAGCUAUUGCAGGAGCAAUAGAGUGCAUGCUGCUCAACUGGAGCAUCCCGAAGUCAAAGGUAACGUAACUUUUCUAGUCUAGACUUUGAAAGAAAUGCCGCAGUAAUUUGCGGCAGUAAUUUGAGCCGUAGAAGUAAAGGUGUGUGUGUGUGUGUGUGUGUGUGUGUGUGUGUGUGUGUGUGUGUGUGUGUGUGUGUGUGUGUGUGUGUGUGUGUGUGUGUGUCGUGCUCUCUAUUGCGACUUGUCUAUUUAAGCAAUAUAGCACUCGUGGGAGUGGGGUAGGUAAGGGAUUAUCCCUUACCUACCCCACUCCCACGAGUGCUAUAUUGCUUUUAUAAAACAAUUCUACCGUCAACAAAUUAACAUUUCAACACAAAGUUAUUGAUUAAAAAUGGUUUAUUUCGCCAUUGUUUCUUUCUUUCUUUUCUUGUUUCAAAGACAGGAUGCUUUGGUUAAUUUUUAUUAUUAUAAUUACAUUAUUAUUAAUAAUAUUAUUCUUCUUAUUAUUAUUAUUAUUAAAGGUCCAUGCCAUUCUUCGGGACAAUGCAAGCAAUAUGAAGAAGGCAAUGAGGGACCUGGGAGUCUCCAGCCUGGGAUGUUUCUCGCACAUGAUUCAACUCGUGGUGCACGAUGGACUGCUGUCCCAGCGAAGUGUGAGCGAUGCGCUGGCCAGUGGGAGAAAAAUAAUUGGGCACUUCAAACAUUCCCCAUUGGCCACAUCAAGACUUGAAUCUGUCCAGACGGGUCUGGGAAUGCCAGUCAAACGUCUGAUCCAAGAUGUUCCCACCCGCUGGAACAGCACCUUUUAUAUGACUGCGAGCCUGCUGGAGCAAAAGAGUGCCAUCUCACUCUAUGCUGCAGACCACCAGCUCCCAGCAACACUGACGGCAAGUGACUGGACCUUGCUGGAGAAAAUCAACACUCUUCUGGCUCCAUUUGAAGAGAUCACAAAACAGAUCAGCUUCGCCACCUCCACCACCUCAGAGGUCAUCCCCUCAGUCAUCGUCCUGAAGCGUCUGUUGGCCAAACAGACCACGGAGGACAGCGGGAUAAAAACAAUGAAGGCGACACUUCUAGCAGCUAUGGGCACAAGAUUCCAGACCGUUGAGGCGGAGCCCUUGUACUCUGUUUCAACCAUAUUGGACCCACGUUACAAAGACAGAUACUUCACAAGUGCAGAGAGCAGCAAGCUUGCAAGAAGUGCACUGACCCAAGAGGUGGAGAAAAAUGAGGAGUCAUCACUGCAGACAACCACCACAGAGGCAGCAGACCCAGCCAGUAAGACCCCACGGAUGACAACAGAGCCCAACACAAGCAGCUGCUUUAAGGGGCUGUAUGAGGAAUUCCUGCAAGAGCAUGCUUCUGAACAAGGUGGGGCCAGCAGCACAGUUACACAGGUGCAGAUAGAGACAUAUCUGGCUGAGAAAACAAUCCACCGCACAGAGAGCCCAUUCGAGUACUGGGGAAAGAAUAAAGAACGGUUCCCCUCCCUGGCUACUACAGCUGCAAAGUUUCUCUCCGCUCCCUCCACCAGCGUAGAUAGUGAGAGGCUUUUCAGCACAGCUUCUAACAUACUUGAUGAGAAGAGGAAUAGGCUGUCAGGAGAUCAUGUAGAAACACUAAUCUUCCUCAAGAAAAAUCUGCCAAUGUACCUGAGCUUGAACCCCAAAGACUUGAAUCCUCAAAAGUAAACAAGAGUAAACACUACUAGGUGUUGUGUGACAGAUCUGUCACUGAUUAAUGCUAUUUGUUCUUACCUCAGAUACGUUAAAUUAAUGCAACUAUCUCUCAAAUGUACCUCAUAUGUAUAUUAUUUCUUAUUUUAAU